UAAGUUUAGUCACAAUAUAUUGCGAUACAUCGUCUGAACAUUAAUUUAUCUGCGAGGAUCACAACAGUUCGUCUUCUACAUUCUAAUAAAGUACGUUUUUCAGAGCAAUCUAAUCAAUCUUAGAUUUGAAGAUUGCAAUGGCCAAUACGUUGCAAAGCGGGUUGGUAUUAGCAUUGUGUGUGGUGUUGUCCCAUCAACAAAGUUGCUCAAUCACAUACAACCACGACAUAAAUCUACCAGAUUUAGCGGCCCGCAGCGGACAGCGGCAAGAGAGUUGUUGUAGCAUUUGUCAGAGCACUCCGGGCUGCAAGGGAUUUUCCUAUAAUGGUUAUGAAGGUGGCACUUGUUGGUUAAAGUCUGGCACAGGGCCAUUGAUUGCUAAGGAUGGUGUCAAUGUUGGAAUUUUAGGAAGUAGUAGCAGUGGAGGUGGAGGUGUAGCAUCGUGUGCAAUAAGAUUGAACCACGACAUUAGUUUACCAGACUUACAAGCCCGUUACGGUCAACCACAAGAGAACUGUUGCAAUAUUUGUAAGAAUACUCCUGGAUGUAAGGGUUUCGCGUGGAAUACGCAUCAAGGUGGUACUUGCUGGUUGAAGGCUGGAACAGGACCUGUAAUUGCUAAGGAAGGUGUUAAUGUUGGAUUCAUCGAUGGAAGUGGUAAUUGCCAUUCUGACGCUCAAAGUGGUUGUUCGUCAUUAGUAACCAACAGGGAUAUUAAUUUGCCUGAUUUAGCUGCACGUUACGGUCAACCGCAAGAAAACUGCUGUGGUAUAUGCAGCACAACACAAGGAUGUAAGGCUUUCUCUUGGAAUGCAUAUCAAGGUGGGACUUGUUGGCUGAAGGCUGGAGCAGGGCCGCUUAUUUAUAAAGAUGGUGUUAUCGUUGGAAUUUUGGACGCCAAUGGAAAUGAUAAUAAUGGAGCAUUGGUUUCUUUUGACGAAUUCGUCAAUGCUGUCGUCAAUUCAAAUGGCUAUCCACGGCCGAAUGAAGCUCAGUACAAUGCCUUCAUACAAGGCUUAUCAAAAGGACUGAUUGCAACCAAACAGGAAGCCGCUAUGGCUCUCACGCAUUUCCUACAUGAGAGUGACGGGCUGCUUGCAAAACGAGAGUAUAGAUGCCAAGACAAUGGAUGUCCUGGAGAAUAUGAAACGAUUGGAUGUGAUGAUCCGUUUCAACGUUAUUUUGGUAGAGGAUACAUUCAACUAUCCUGGUGCUACAAUUACCGAGCAGCAUCACAAGACUUAUUCAAUGAUAAUCGUUUGGUUAACGAUGCAGAUAUGGUUGCUCGGGAUGAGAACUUGGCAUGGGAUACCGCAUUUUGGUUUUGGAAGAUUAAUGUUCACAAUGUUCCCGGUGUUUCUGAUGGUGCCUUUGGUGUGACUACCAGAGCUAUUAACGGAGGACUUGAAUGUAACAAUAGUGCUGGUCAUCCAAUCGCUAGACGUCGGUACGAGAUGUACGGACGAAUCAGAGCCGCUUGGGGUCUAAGUGGACCGGGAGCAGAAUGGGGUUGUUAUAAUUAAAAAUAUUGUAUAGAAAAAUAUGAAAUAUCAAAUUAAUGCAGCUAUUGAAUUGAAGUAA